GGAUCAUCUCUGCUUUAGCCACCAACAUACAGCUUCCGCUUUCUGUGCUUAUUCCCUUGUGGUUCUUGACUUUGCCUCCCUGGGGAGCGGACGUUGACCUGAUAGUAGUAAAGAGCGCCUCAUAUCGGUCAUCGCCCAAGUUGCUCCUGAAUCGCAUAGUGUCUCUAACCCGAUGAGCUUCCGGGCAGGACCACGAAAAGGUGAAAACUACGAGCUUAGUCAAGACCUCAAUAGUGAAUACAGAGACAAGCGGAAGGAUGCGAUCAAGCGUGUCAUAGCGUCUAUGACGGUGGGGAAAGAUGUCAGCGGGCUCUUCCCCGACGUCUUGAAGAACAUGCAGACGGAUGAUCUGGAGCAGAAGAAGUUAGUUUACCUGUACCUCAUGAACUACGCGAAGACACAGCCCGAAUUGGUGAUCCUCGCCGUCAACACCUUCGUGAAAGAUUCGGAUGACCCCAACCCCCUUGUUCGCGCCCUGGCGAUUCGUACAAUGGGCAUGCUGCGCGCGGAGAAGAUCAUCGACUACGUUAGCGACCCGCUACAGAAGUGCUUGCGAGAUGACAAUCCGUAUGUCCGCAAGACGGCUGCCCUGUGUGUCGCAAAAUUGUAUGAUCUGAAGCCGGAGCUGGUCUUGGAGAAUGGAUUUUUGGAGCAAUUGCAUGACAUGAUUGCGGAUAGUAACCCAAUGGUAGUUGCAAAUACCGUCGCAGCCCUGUCUGACAUUCAUGCUUCCGUCACCUCUCAACCCGAUUACUCCCCGGACGACCCCGCGCUAUUCAACGUUACUACCAACAUCCUCAAUAAAUUACUCAUCGCUCUCAACGAAUGCUCAGAAUGGGGUCGUAUUGCCAUUCUUGAUGCCUUGGCCAGAUAUAAAACGGACGAUGAAAAGGAACGAGAGCAUAUCUGCGAACGAGUGAUUCCCCAGUUCCAGCAUGUCAACGGGAGCGUUGUUUUUGCAGCCGUCAAGGUUAUCAUGAUCCACAUGCGAGGGAUCCGGAGAGAAGACCUUUGCAAGCAGUUCAUUCGCAAGAUGGCCCCGCCACUUGUCACGCUCCUGUCUUCGCCCCCGGAGGUCCAAUGGGUCGCCCUUCGAAAUAUCAACCUCCUAUUGCAGAAAAGAUCAGACCUGCUGCAGAAUGAAAUGCGCGUAUUUUUCUGCAAAUACAACGACCCACUGUACGUCAAGGUAGAGAAACUGGAUAUCAUGGUCCGGUUAGCAAACGACAAUAAUGUGGACGCUCUCCUGAGUGAACUGAAGGAAUACGCUUCAGAGGUCGACGUCGACUUUGUACGAAAGAGUAUCAAGGCUAUUGGGCAGACCGCCAUCAAAAUCGACUCCGCGGCAGAGCGUUGCGUGAAUGUUCUACUGGACCUCAUUGCCACCCGGGUAAGCUAUGUCGUCCAAGAAGCCAUGGUGGUCAUGAAGGACAUUUUCCGAAAAUACCCCGCGACGUAUGAGGGCAUCAUCCCCACUCUAUGUGCCAACCUGGACGAGCUAGACGAGCCCGAGGCGAAAGCCUCCCUCAUUUGGAUAAUCGGCGAGUAUGCAAGCAGGAUUGAUAACGCCGACGAACUCCUGAACAUGUUCGUGGACACGUUCACAGAGGAGUCGUAUCCGGUGCAACUGCAAACCUUGACUGCCGUGGUGAAGCUAUUUUUGAAGAAGCCGGACGUGUCCCAAGGUCUGGUGCAGCGAAUAUUGAACACAGCCACGAAGGAUUGCGAUUCACCCGAUGUCCGAGACCGUGCGUACAUUUACUGGCGGCUGUUAUCAUCAGAUCCCGCUGCUGCGAAGGGAGUUGUGCUCGCACAGCGGCCUCCGAUAUCAUUAUCAAGGACAACCGUAUCACCUGUCCUGUUGGAGGAGCUACUGGCCGAGAUAGGCACAUUAGCAAGUGUCUACCACAAGCCCGCGGAAACAUUUAUCGGACGCGGGAGGGUUGGCGCAGACUCUGUACAGCGAAAGGGACAAGACCUUGUGGACGAUCGGCUCGCCACCCAGAAAGCCCUUCAGACCGUCGCGGCAGGUCAACAAUCAGAAAACCUAUUGGACUUCGACGAUGUUCCUGCUUCGGACAGUCAACCAUCAGGUUUGGCUGCGACCACCAUCAUUCCCCAGACGCCAGCCGCAGCAAACCUUUUAGCCGGAACUUCCGCCAAUCCUCUCGACGAUCUCGUGUCAAUAUUUGGAGGAGGGACGACCGGGGCAGCUUCGGCUCCGCAGAACCCAUUCGGAGGGCUCGCAUUCGGUGGCGAGAAUGGCUUUGGUUCACCCGUGAACUCGGCUCCGCCGACAUCGCUGGGUUCUAGCGUGGCAUCGCCGGUGCAGACACAGAAGCCUGCGGAUGACCUGUUGGGCUUGUUCUAGAGUGUCGUUAUUAUGUACCUGUUUUGUAUCUGUUCGCGCGAGUGCUUUGGACUGAUCCGCUGUGAAGCUUAAAUCCUAAUACCGAUGAAAGCGAC